GCAACAACAGUGGAAGCAAAAAUAUUUGGGGAUUGGAAGCGUGCCAAGAGAACUGUUCGCAGGAAACCUUUCUGUUCGGGCAAGGUGUAGGAAGUUUUUUCCUUCCCCCUGCAGUCGAUGACCUUGCAGUGGCGCUCGGUGGGGCCGGGGUCGCGCUCUGUCCCAUAGCGGCGGGCAGGGGGAUGCACAAAGCCCCGCAGCCGCUCUCGGGCGGUGCCAGGGCCGGCCGGGCCGGGGCAGCGGCGCGGUGCCAGCCCGGGCCGGUCCCUGCGCUGACGUCCCGCGGGCGUGUCCCUUAAAUCCCGCACGGGAGCGGCGCGGGGCAGGCGAGCGGAGCGGUGCCGGAGCAGGAGAGAUGGCCUCGGUGGGUCCCCCCGCAGCCUCCACGCAGCCCGCCCUGCCCUCCGGACCCGCCGUCUUCAAAACCAUCCCCUACGCCUUCAUCCUGCCCGAGAUCGUCUGCGGGACCUGGGUGUGGAUCCUCGUCGCUGCUACCUCCGUCUCCUUGCCGCUGCUGCAGGGAUGGGUGAUGUACGUGUCCCUCACCUCCUGCCUCAUCUCCCUGCUGCUCCUCUUAAGCUACCUCCUCGGCUUCCACAGGAACAGCGAGAACUGGAAAGUGCUGGACAGUUUGUACCACGGCACCACGGCCAUUCUGUACAUGAGCGCCGCUGUGCUGCAGGCCAACGCCACCAUCAACUCUGAGUCCGGCCCCAACGCGCCGCUCAACUACCAGCUCAACAGCGCUGCCUCGUUCUUCGCCUUCCUCACGACCUUCCUGUACAUCCUCCACGCCUUCAGCAUCUACUACCAGUGAUCCUGGCAGCACCAGAUUCACCUUUACAGGACAAGGGCUUUCCAGUGUGGGAGACCCUGCUGUCCUCCCAAGGUGUCUCUGCCCCAGCCCUGUCACCGGGCCACAGGAACAGCAAGUCCUUUUGCACUUCAUCACAGGAGGGACUUUGCUGGCACACGUUGGUGUGCCUGUGGACAUUUCCUGCCUUGUCUGGGGGAGGGACUUGCAAGGGGAGGGACUGGGUGCAGGCCCCAAGCCUCCAAUACCAACAUUCUGCCAAAUAUUGACAACCAUAGGAAGAAAAGAAAAAAAAUCAAGAAAAAAAAUCACUGUUCCUUCAGCAAACAACUCCUUUCUUAUAUAAUUUGCCUUUCUCCGGUUCAGCUCCAUUCCUCCCCAACACAAGUUCGUAACAAUACAAGAUUGUGUUCCUUGACUUUCAGAUGGUUUCAUUUGGUAAAUGCUGUAGUUGGAAUAAAGUGUCAAUGGACAGA